UAUAGUUUAUGAACUGAAAUAGCAUCAAUGUCAUUUGCCCGAGCCUCCCUGCCGAUGACCAGCACACGACCUAACGUAACCUGGACGUACUGAAUGACCCAGAUCCGGUGCACCUGUUCUCCUUGAUUGUAGUGAUUGUGGUGCAAUCUAGCCGCAGCGGAAGAAAUUGCCUUGGAGGUAACAUCAGCAUAUCGCAAUGCACUCACGGGAAAAAUGAUAUAUAACCUAAAAUAUUGUAAUUAAAAUUUUAUAAAAUAUGGCAUCUCUUAGUAACCCAGUAUUACAUCCCACUUGCUUGAAAUUAAAAACAUAUAUUAGUUUUAAUUUAAAUCAUUGUAACCUUGGUAAUAUGUUCGGAGGGUUAGUAUUUCCUCCACGAUAUCAUGCCAUCCAAAUACAUCGUUUUUUAAGUUCAGGGCCUGUGAGUGCACUUCAGGAAAAGAUUGCAAGUGGGGAACUGAUGGAAGAUGAUUACCAAAGAAAAAUAGCUGAUGAUUUACAAAAAGUAUAUGAGGCCACAGAAAAUUACAUACCUCCUAAACGUGGAAUGUUAGAUAAAUGGAUAAAAAGUGAUAAAAAAAUUCCUAAGGGCUUGUAUGUGCAUGGUGCUGUUGGUGGAGGAAAAACCAUGCUUAUGGAUUUAUUCUACAAUACUUCAACAGUAAGCAAUAAGCGUCGAGUACAUUUUCAUUCUUUCAUGCUUGAUGUCCAUUCUCAGAUUCAUGAAGUAAAAAAAACUGUUGUACGUGAUUAUUCUAGUACUAAGCCACAACCAUUUGAUCCUAUUUCACCAGUGGCAAAGGCAAUAAGUGAAAAAGCAUGGUUAAUUUGUUUUGAUGAAUUUCAGGUUACAGAUAUUGGAGAUGCAAUGAUCUUGAAACGCUUAUUUACUCAGCUUUUCUACCAUGGUGUAGUGGUAGUAGCAACUAGCAAUAGACCACCAGAUGAUUUGUAUAAAAAUGGCCUACAAAGAUCCAAUUUUAUCCCCUUUAUACAGAUAUUGAAAGAUCAUUGUAAUGUAGCAUCUUUAGAUUCUGGAAUAGAUUACAGACUAAAAUCUAUUGCAGGGAAGGACAAAACCUAUUUUGUGAAAUCAGAAUGUGAAGCUGAUAAUGAACUGGAUAAAAUUUUUAAACUUCUAUGUUCACGAGAAAAUGAUGUAGUGAGAUCACGAAUUCUUACUAUAUUAGGGAGAAAUGUUACUUUUAAGAAAACCUGCGGGCAGGUUAUGGAUACUACUUUUGAUGAAGUUUGUGACAGAGCUCUUGGUGCAAGUGAUUAUCUUCAAAUAUCUCAAGUAUUUCAUACCAUUAUCAUUCGAAACGUGCCACAACUAAGUUUGAGAUUGAAAUCUCAAGCCCGACGUUUCAUAACCCUCAUAGACACAUUGUAUGACAACCGAGUAAGUGAUGGAGUAAUUCCUCUAUACCUAUUGGCCAAGUACACGGAGAGAGCAUUAGUUGAAUUGAAGGUUUUGUCGUUCUUUCCUUUCCUUGAUUUACAGGUACGCUUAGUUAUAUCAUCCGAAGUGCCUCAUUCUCAGUUAUUUAAAACCGAAAAACUUCAGGAUGAUCAUGCUGAUGAACAUAGGAUGUUAAUGGACGAUUUAAAAAUUGAAGUUGGUUCGGAAAAUGCUACAGCUAAUAUUUUUACUGGAGAAGAAGAAAUAUUUGCAUUUGAUCGUACUGUUUCUCGGCUUUCUGAAAUGCAGACUCGUGAUUACUGGGAACAAUGGGAAAAACAAAGAUGAAGAUCGGUAAAUUUUGUAUUGCAGAAUGACAAGCCUGGUUGCUUGUUUGUUUUAAAUAGUAAUAUACUCAAGUACUACUUGCCAAUUUUAUUGUCACUAUGCUUUACUAAUAUUUUUUACUAAUAGACACGUGACAAUAUAAUAAGUCAGUAUUUGAGUACUUGAUCCUUAGACACAUUGGUAGUAAUACACACAUGAAAUGACGUGUUGUGUUCACUAUAUCUAGUGAACUUUUCUUAUAAAUAUGUGUUUCACACUCACUUUUAGAGUGAGUAAGAGUGGAAAGAGUUAAAAGUGUAACCUGUUGAUACACUAUUAAAACUAUUAAAAUGUACUUAAAUACUUACCUUGCACAGUACAAAGAGGAAGUUGUUUGUUUUAAUUUAUUUUUCGAAAGCAAUUAUAUUGUAAAUAAUGAAUUUAUUUAAUAUAUUUCAAUAAAAACAUUGAUAUGUUGUCCUCUAUAUUUUUAUUAUCUUUUAAAAUACAAUAAGACCUUUUCAAUCAAAUUGUGGUUUUUAAUUUUACAUAAGUGCUUUUAACUUGUUAGUGGAUUUGCAAAAUUGUUUUUCAGAAAAUACUCAAGGCAAAAAAAUACGUGAAGAUAUAUACAUACAUACAUGUACACAUAUGUUGGAUAUUAGAAAAGGUUUGCAAGUUGUGAGUAUUGAAAUAGAAAGUGAAAUAAGUGUAUAUUAAAUAUGCAUAUUAAAGAACAUUGAAAAACAAACAAUUAUGUAUAAUCAAGUGAAAGCAAUAAAAAUUUGGAGUGUAAUCCCUGAAUGUUCUCUAAGAUGAACAUUCUCUGUAUGCUAUGACAUCAAAGGACCAAAACAAAGUGUAGUUGCAGUACAAUCACCGA